CCGUGCCCGGGGGUCAGGUCCCCAAACCUCGUAGAACGUAUCCGCGAGAAACAAUCUUUUCCCCGGGACAGGGCUGCUGACAAGCUUCGCGGAGGGGCCGGCUGUCGCGUGCGCGCUGCUCGUCGGAAUCAGCCUCCCUUGGCCCCUUUGUGCAGGUUUUUUCCCCCUCCCCUGCCCUUGGCUUGCAAUUGAUGCUGCUGAUCCAGGAAGAGAAGACUGCCUCCUUGAACUGUUGAGCCCCAAUCGAACUGAGCAUUGGGGGCGGAGAGAGGGGGCUUCUCUUUGGGGGGGGGCGGCUUUGUUUUAUCUAUUUAUUUAUUUAUGUAUUUAUUUUCCUUCUGCACCUCGGGUGUUUUUUGCAAGCAGCUGAGCUGGGGACUCUGAUGCACCCGUUCCAGUGGUGUAACGGUAAGCUUGUCCGACCCAGGGUGGUGGUGGUGAUGAUGAUGAUGAUGAUGGAGAAACAGGCUGGCCAAAAACCAACCCCUCACCUCCCCGCUCCUUUAAAACGAACAAAUCACAGGCAUUGCGGGCGGCCAAGUUCAUUGUCCGGUCUUCGGGUGGAGAUGCAGAUCCUGUUUAUUUUAUCUUUUAAAAAAAAAAAUCUGUCUGUAAACAAAAACUCCCCAGAUUUUAAAGAGACCAAAAGGAACCUGCCGGGAUGGUUCGCAGGGGAGGGAGGAGAAAUUGAGGGCAUUCUUUCGCUCCGAGGUAAGGCUCCCUUCUUUGUUGUUACUUUGGAAACAGCGUCUUGAGGGCACCGAGUCAGGUCCAGCCCCUCCCCAAAGCAUCGCGGACUCGAAAAGCCGUCCCUUUUUCCACCAUACAUUUAAAAAAAAACCCACACGAGAAUGCUGGGAACUAUAGCGUGGUAAGAGCUCUGUGAAGGGUAAACUACAGUUCCCAUGAAUCUUUGUGUGCGGAGGGUUGCGCUUUAAAUCUAUGGUAUGUGCUCAGUUCAGAAGAGCUGCCAAUAUGGUUGGGUCCUUGCUUAACUCCUUUGUGACGUUUUAGUUGGUCUUCGUAGAGGGGUUCCUCUGCUGUUAACUUUUGGGUAUUUCCUCCCUAAUGGGACAACAGGGCUGCCUGUAAUUUACUUUCAAAUUCCAUUAUAUGCAUUGCUUUGACAUACACAAUCCUAUGUGUGCUUGCUCAGGAGUGAGCCCCAUUGAAAAUGUGUAGAAUCGGAGCCUAAGGCUCUAAUUCCUGCCCCACACAGACACAAACCAUUGUCUUUUUUUCCAGUUAAUAGAAUCAUCGAAUUGUAGAGUCGGAAGGGACCCAAGGACCAUUUAGUCCAACCCCUUGCAUUCCUCUUGGCUAUUGGUUGUUGUGUUGUUUUCCUGCAAAUAUCCGUCCCCAAAGCAGCUUACACCGUUUUAAAAAGAUAAUCUAAAGCAAAACCACAAUAUCAGGAUGACAAUUGAAACACUAAAGCACUGAGUCAAGGGCAUAAUUAAAAGCAGCCAUAUUCCAAGAAUGCCAACUGUACCUAUUGCUAAACAGUUGCUAAGUUAUCCCCUCUCAAACAGGGAUCUGUUUAAGCUACCCAAGUGUCUGCCCUAAGAAUGAUGGGCUGGCAUUGUUUUCCUUCUGCUAAAACGGGUUCCCAAAAUAAACAGUGCAUUUGCUCCAUACUUUCUUAGCCCCCCUCCCCUCCUUCUGGAGAGGGCAGAGAUUGUCGUGAAAUUGCCCAUCUGCAGAGGGGACACCAUUUGCACAGCGCUUUAAAACCUCAUUACAGUGUUUUAGUUUUGUGGUGGGGGUGGGGAGCGCUUCGUUCAGAAGGCCUAGCAGAUGGUGACUGCUUUUGUAAAAGGGCUAAUGGUUAAUUAAAAGGAGCAGAGCCCUGCUUGGGAUGAGCCUGGAUUAAUUAUUUCAAGUAGCUUUUGUUCUCUGACUUUCUUCUUCCUUCCUUCUCUCCCCCCCCCCCAUCUCCCUUUAUAGUUCCAUGAAAUUUAACUAGCAUCCAGCCUCUAGGCCAUGUGCUUCAAAGACAAUGGAAGGGAAGGGGAAGAGGAGGGGGAGAGAGCUGGCUGGUUUAUUUUGAGUACACACAGACACUCAGGCAUCAAAGUCAGAGGCUCAAUUAACCUCUUAUGUCUCACUUUGCUGCUGCUUUUCCCACCAUUUUUUUAAAAAACUGUAAUUGAAGCAGAUCUGUAAACUGAAAGGCAGACCGAGUCCCCACACUCAGGACCGUCUGCAACAACUGUACUGCUAAAUACAGAACAGGAACAUGAGAGCCAGUGUGGUGUAGUGGUUAGAGCACUGGAAGGUCAAGGUUCAAAUCAGCCUGACCUACUUCACAGGUUUGCUGUGAGGAUAAGAUGGGGAGGAGGAGGACUCUGUGUAUGCCACCUUGAGCUUGGAGGAAAAGGUGGUAUAUAAAUGAAGUAAGUAAGUAAGUAAAUAAAUAGGAAGCUGUCUUAAGCCCUGUGGACAGCUCAGUCAGUAGUGCAUGAGACUCUUAAUCUCUUGGUCAUGGGUUUGAGCCCCACGUUGGGCAUUACAGGGGUCCCUUCCAAUUCUACAGUUCUUCUGUGAUUACGUGGCCUGUUGAGCUCUGUAAUGUCUCCACUGACAGACAGCCAUUCUUCAGGUGGGGAGAUGUUCUCAGCCCAAUGUCAGGGAUUGAACCUGGGAUCUUUGGUGUGCAAACAAAGCAGAUGUUGUACCACUGGGCUACAGCCCUAUCAAUUUUAAACCUCUCCCUAGGAGAGGCUAUGUAAACCAUGGUCAGUUACUUUUGGUUUCGAGAAGGCUUGCAGUGUUGAUAGCCAAUCCGCAUCACAGCUGCCUGUGGGCUGUGUCGCAAUCAUAAUUCUUGUCCAAUGUUAACCAUGAAUGUACUUUGAUAACAUUUAAUCUUUGCAUAUCCUUCUCAAUUGCUUAAAGCUUUUUGAAAGCAUCAGCUAGUUGUAAUCCACAUAGCAAACUUUUAAGACAGGGGUAGAACAACCUUCUGGGACACGGGUGGCGCUGUGGGUUAAACCACAGAGCCUAGGACUUGCCAAUCAGAAGGUCGGCGGUUCGAAUCCGCGUGUGACGGGGUGAGCUCCCGUUGCUCGGUCCCUACUCCUGCCAACCUAGCAGUUCGAAAGCAUGUCAAAGUGCAAGUAGAUGAAUAGGUACUGCUCUGGCGGGAAGGUAAACGGCGUUUCCAUGUGCUGCUCUGGUUUGCCAGAAGCGGCUUAGUCAUGCUGGACAUGACCUGGAAGCUGUACGCCGGCUCCCUCGGCCAAUAAAGUGAGAUGAGCGCCACAAUCCCAGCAUCGGUCACGACUGGACCUAAUGGUUAGGGGUCCCCUUUACCCCUAGAACGACCUCAGGCCCAGGGAACAGAUGCAGCCCCCCACUGCCCCAAACAUCUUUUUGUGACCCUUGGGACUCAUGUCAGGCUAUGCCCUCCCCCUUCUUUGCACCCCGCUCAAGUAUUUUUGUUUGGCUGGAAUCUGCCCUUGAAUUUGUUUGUUUGUUUGUUUACCUAUUCAAUUUAUAUCCCACCCUGGCUCCCAAUGAAGCCCAGGGCAGCAAACCAGAAGUGAAAAAGCAUCUUAAAAACAAUUCCAGGUGCAAACUGGAAAAGAUUUCAAUUCAAAAGGCUUGUUGGAAGAGGAAGGUCUCCAGUGGGGGCCAACCAGGCAAGAGAGAGGGUGCCUGCCUAAUAUUCAAGGGGAUGGAAGGAUAGGGGCCACCACACAAAAGCCUCAAUUCCUACUUUGUGUGGAACAGAGCAGAAGAUUCUGGAGUUAGCAUUCUGAUUCCCCAUAUUGCAGAUGGAGGCCGAGGCUGAACUCGCAUCCAUACAUUUAAAAUACUCUCAUGCCGCAGGUCAUGGCUUCCCCCAAAGAACCUGCUGGUACCAACAACAAGGCCUCGCUUGCUGAUUGUUGGACCCAUAAGUAUGGUGUAGUGGACCCAUGCUCAAAUCUUCUUAUUCUCCCAAGCACCUCAGGGGUAGCAAGCAUAAUUCCUCUCCUCGUUUUAGCUUCACAUCAGCCUUGUGAGGUAGGUAAACCUGAGAGAAUGUGACUAGCCUGACGUCAGACCAGUGAAUUUCAUGCCUGCGUGGGGAUUUGAACCCAGAUCUCCCCAGUCUUAGAGCAGCGCUCUGACCACUACACCACAUAGCCUAACUACUUGCUCAAAGCUACUUGAGCAGAGCUUUGACAACACUGGCAGGGGGUUUUAACCCUAUUCCCCCACCCCGGCCAUUUCCCUGAUCUAAAUCACACACACAUCUACUGAAAGUGUUAUUAGGUCAGCUGUGCCUGCAGUUAUCUGGAGCACGUCUGUGUGUAUAUUUUGCUUUCUUCAAGCAAAACAAACAGCAUCUUUGGAGGAACUGUCCGAGUUAAGAAAAUCACACAGUGAUGAAAGUUUAAAGCAGUGAUUGGGGAACCUAUGUUCCUCCAGAUUUUGUUGCUGUUAUUUUAAUUUGUUACCCGCCCCUUACUCUAAGGUCUCAGGGUGAGUUACAGAAAUUUAAAAUACUGUUUAAAGCAGUUUUAAAACAGUGUCACCAAAACAAAAAGAAAAACAACAGUUUGGGGAGUGGUUGGAGUAUAAUCAUCAUUCCCUCCCCCUGUACUGAUUUGGUCUGAACCAAAUCAAAGCUUCCCCUGGCCGCUUUAAAGUUGUUUUAGUUUUGUUUUCAAAAGCAGAUUUUAUUAAGGAUCACCCACGUCACUUCUCAUUUGGUUCUUGGGAAAGGGGCAGUGCAUCUUAUAAGCACACCCAACAUGCGCUAUUAAUAAUUAAGAAUUCUAUUCUAUAAACCCUAAACUCUAGGGAGCAAAUGGACUUUUAAGGGAUGUACUCAGCCUAGUUGUAAAUCAUGCGUCUUGAACGCAAAAGGCCCCAGGUUUUCUCCCACGCCUCUCCAUUUCAGAACGGGUAUGUAGGAAGUGGUGGAAAGGCCUUCUCUCUGCCUGAGACCCUGGACGUCUGCAGCCUGUCAGAGGAUAUCAGUGCCUUCCCCGAUCCAGUGCCUUCCAGAUGUUUUUGGGCCACAGCUCCCAUCGCCCAUGAGCAUUGGCCAAGCUGGCUGGAGCUGUUAGGGGUUGUAGUCCACAACAUCUGGAGUACCAGAGGUGAUGCUGAUAAACUUUCAGUGUUCCUAUUAAGAUGGUUCUGGGACCAUCCUCUAAGCCAGGGGUGGAGAACUGGUGACCCUCCAGAUGUUGCUGGACCCAUCAGCAUGGCUAAUGGCCAGACAUGAUGGAAGCUGCAGUCCAGAAACAUCUGGAGGUGUCUUCUAAGGCCAUGGGAGGGAAUUCUAGGCCUGGGAACCAAAUGUGGCCCUCUCUGUCUGGCCCUUGGGACUCUCACAACCUCUGCCAGCCAUAGCCCCCUCCCCCAGCCCUGCUUCAUGCUUUCCUUGAGUGUUUUUGCCUGGCUGGAAUGUGCCUUUGAACUCAGAUGACGCUUUUUCCUUGUCUGGUUGGAGCAUAGCAAGAGGUGUGUGUCGAAAAUAGUCUGGCUGUACAAAGGUACCUUUUUCACCAGUUACUCCACUCACUUUCGCCUCUGGCCCCCGGGCAGGUUCAGCCCCCUCUCUAAGCAGAUGCAAUCUACACAGCUAAAGAGUCCUCCUCUCUCUUCCUGCUGUUGCUUUUGUGUUCCUUUGCAUGCAAGCUUUUCCCAGCCAUAAUUUUUUCAAAGGCAAACAAAAUCUUGGGUUGGAUUCAGUGCUGAGCGUUGACAGUGGCAAAGGUGCAUGGGUUGGGGCCACCCACAGCUUAAUUUGCAGCACAAUCCUGUGCGCAUCUACUCUUAAGUAAGUCCAUGGGGCUUAAUCCCAAGCAAGGUUGGCAGAGCAUUUUAACCUCAGGAUGCAGACAUUUAAAAUCCCCAGUGAUUUAUUCAGACUGCAAUCUGCAACUCCAGAUUAUUUACCGUAUUUUUUGCUCCAUAAGGCUCACUUUUUCCCUCCUAAAAAGUAAGGGGAAAUGUGUGUGCGACUUAUGGAGCGAAUGCAGGCUGCAAAGCUAUCCCACAAGCCAGAACAGCAAGAGGGAUUGCUGCUUUCACUGCGCAGCGAUCCCUCUUGCUGUUCUGGCUUCUGAGAUUCAGAAUAUUUUUUUUUUCUUGUUUUCUUCCUCCAAAAACUAGGUGCGUCUUGUGGUCUGGUGCGUCUUAUAGGGUGAAAAAUACGGUAUCUAUUUCAUUACAUUUAUAUCUCACCUUUUCCUUCAAGGAGCUCAAGUACAUGGUUCUCCUCACCAUUUUUUAAAAUCCUUACAACAACCCUGUGAGAUAGGUUAGGCUGAGAGGUGGUAACUGGCCCAAAGUCACCCAGCGUGCUUUAUGGCUGAGUGGGAAUUUGAACCCUGGUCUUCCAGCUCCUAGUCCAGUACUCUAACCAUUAUACCACACUGUCCCUCUCAAGAUUAAAUCAUGAACUAGGAACUGCAGGGGAAGGGAUAGCUCAUUUGUAGGGCAGGUGCUUUGCAUCCAAGUUUGAUCCUCAGCACCUCCUUUUUGGGGGAUGGGGGAAAGCAACCCAGCAAUUAAUGUGAAAGAAAGAUCUCUGCCUGAAACCCCAGAGAGCUGCUGCCAGUCAGAGUAGGAACAGAGGAGGCUGCCUUAUACUGAGUCACACGAUUGAUCCAUCUCCCUUGGUAUUGUCUACACAGACUGACAGCAGCUUUUUAGGGUUUCAAACAGGAUUUUCUCCCAGCUCUACCUGGAGAUGCCAGGGAUUGAACCUCAUCUGUCAGUUUGUCUGUAGAGAACAGGCACCAUCUUCUCCCUGUCAGGAAACCCAGUUGCAGCUGCUGCUCACCCCCACACAAAGGCCUUUACAUAAACCCCUAGUUUCGUUCCAGUUUCUCGCUUUCUGUGUUGUGUGGGGUUGAGCCUCUCUAGCUGCAUCAGUGAGCUGACUCUCCAGGUGAACCGUUCGCCUCUGUGAAGGAGGUGACCUACGGGAAGUGGGAGAAUACUGCAAAUAGCUCAUGGACUCCAUCAGAGUUUCUCACAAAGCAGAUCUUCUCCCUCUUCUUCACACACCUGCUGUUAAUCGUAGACUUUGGAGUAAAUGGCCAUAUUUGGAAGAUUGGGGCUAUUUUUGAUGGUAAUGUUUAUUUUCUUCACUUCAAAAUGUGGUAAGCCAGCCUUGUUGAAGAAUCAUAGAAUCGUAGGAUUGUAGAGUUGGAAGGGACCCCAUGAGUAAUCUAGUCCAACCCUCCGCAAUGCAGGAAUCCUGCCCUGAGUGGGAUUGACCCACCAACCUUCUGGUGAGCAGCCAGACCCAAAGACCCCCUGACCCCCUGUGCACCUGAUUUGAGAGCUGGGAACAUCUCCUGUCUGAAACUCUUGGGAGCCACUGCCAGUCAAUGUAGAUGGCACCCCUGAUUUUGUUUAUACUGAAAGUAUGUUGGAUUGUGGAUGACCCCUUUGAAGGUGACUACAACUAAUCCAGAAUGCUGCAGCUAGAUUGGUGACUGGGAGCGGCUGCCGAGACCACAUAACACCGGUCUUGGAAGACCUACACUGGCUCCCAGUACGUUUCCGAGCACAAUUCAAAGUGUUGGUGCUGACCUUUAAAGCCCUAAGCGGCCUCGGUCCAGUAUACCUGAAGGAGCGUCUCCACCCCUAUCGUUCUGACCAGACACUGAGGUCCAGCGCCGAGGGCCUUCUGGUGGUUCCCUCCCUGCGAGAAGCCAAGUUACAGGGAACCAGGCAGAGGGCCUUCUCGGUAGUGGCACCUGCCCAGUGGAACGCCGUCCCACCAGAUGUCAAAGCGAUAAACAACUACCAGACUUUUAGAAGACUUCUGAAGGCAGCCCUGUUUAGGGAAGCUUUUAAUGUUUGAUGUAUUACGGUAUUUUAAUAUUUCGUUGGAAGCCGCCCAGGGUGGCUGGGGAAGCCCAGCCAGAUUAGCGGGGUAUAAAUAAUAAAUUAUUAUUAUUAUUAUUAUUAUUAUUAUGGCAGCAGUCCCCCCCCCCCCCGCCCCCGUCUGAUGCACAGAACACCUUCUUCCUAGCACUAAAUUGAAACAAAUAGCAUUAUUUUUCUGCUAGGAGUGGUUUCGCCCCUAAAAGAAAGCAAAGUUAGGGAACAUCUAGCCCAUGGGCCAAUCUUGGGUUCCUGCCAGGGGUUCCAAUUUGAAGCCGCUCACCGGAAAUCACGCCCACCUGUCAAUCAGGUGACCUCACCCAGGUGGGCAGCUGAUGGGAUGGAACUGGGUGGCGGAUCCUGGAGAAAGCUUGACUGGACCGCUUGCCCAUCAGCUGAUUGCGGGGGUGGGGGCACGCAAUCCUGCCCUAUUCAGCUGUGCAUGCAGCUGAUCCCUGCACAAAGCAGGAUCAACCCCCUUGCACAUUACUCGAUGCGUUGGGAAGUCAGUCUUGCCCUAUUUGGGUGCAAGAGAUUCCCAAGCACCUGACCUCCACGGUUUUGCCAGGCUUCCCUCUCCAGUGGUUGGUAGGUGUGUUGCCCACCCCACUUGUCAAAGUUGGCCUGCAGGGGUGGGGCCUGAUAAGAAUCAGGCCCGUGGAGCCGAAAAGCUUCCCCACCCCAUGUAAUAAUAAUAACAAUAAUAAUAAAUAAUAAUAAUAAAUUUUAUUUAUACCCCACCCUCCCCGGCCAGAGCCGGGCUCAGGAUGGCUAACAACAGUAAAAUUACAGUAAAAACAUAAUAGGGGGAAAAAACCAAUAUAAAAUACAGGUUAAAUGCAGCCUCAUCAAAACCAUAAGGGGAGGGAAACAUAAGGGUCGGACUGAGUCCAAACCAAAGGCCAGGCGGAACAGCUCUGUCUUGCAGGCCCUGCAGAAAGAUGUCAAGUCCCGCAGGGCCCUAGUCUCUUGUGACAGAGCGUUCCACCAAAUCGGGGCCAGUACUGAAAAGGCCCUGGCCCUAGUUGAGACCAAUCUAACCACCUUGCGACCUGGGACUUCCAAAGUGUUGUCAUUUGUAGACCUUAAGGUCUUCCAUGGGACAUACCAAGAGAGGUGGUCCCGUAGGUACGUGGGUCCUAGGCCGCAUAGGGCUUUAAAGGUCAAAACCAGCACCUUAAACCUGACCCUAUACUCCACCGGGAGCCAGUGCAGUUGGUAAAGCACUGGAUGAAUGUGAUCCCGCAGCAAGGACCCCGUAAGGAGCCUCGCCGCGGCAUUCUGCACCCACUGGAGUUUCUGGGUCAGCUUCAAGGGCAGCCCCGCGAAGAGCGAGUUACAAUAAUCAAGCCUUUAAGUGACCAUCGCAUGGAUCACUGUGGCCAGAUCAGGGCGAGAAAGGUAAGGGACCAAUGUAGAAAAGAAGAAUGCUCUGCUAGGGACCUGAAGCAACCGAGCCCCUGAGGCUUUCUGGGCUCCGUGAAGGCAGGAGAAAAGGGAGCAGGAGAUGAGCUCUGACAAGUCUUUCAUGAGCACAGGAGCUACGUCAAGAAAGCUUGAUGCAUUUCAGGCUCUUAAGAAUCCAACUCCUGCGCCAAGCGGCAAUACUUUUGUAGCUGAAGUGGCACCAGUCAUGCACAAGACGGAGAUAGCAGCAGACUUCUGGGGAACCCUGUAAACAAUGCUUGGGACCCCCUCCCUAAAACAACCUACUGGGUAGCCAUGGAAUGCUAAAUGCAUGUUGGACGGAUGAGAAUGACAGAAAAAUUGGGUGGGUGGAAUGGAGUAUUUAGGGAAAGGGAGUCGCUAGCUGGAACCCUGAACAGGACAACACCAUGCUGCAAUAUCUUGUUGCAGGUCCCUUGCAUAGCAUCCACCAGAAAAUGGGAAACAAUUCAGCUUGUCUGAACAGGCAGUUUGUGAAUUAGGUGGUUCUUAGAAUUAUGAACAAGUUACUAGAAUGGGUUUGCUUCAACAGGUUCAGCUUCAAUAUAGACACCUUUUAUCUUCUUUUAAUCUUUCAGAGCAGCACUGAGCACGAUAGUAACGCUUAGUGCCAAGUUUUCUUUGUCUACAGGAACUAAUGAUUAAAAAUAAUAAUAAUAAAACUACAGUCAUCCAGAUUUUUGAUCCACUGCCACCUGGCUUACUCCACGUUUUGAAAGUUCUCCAGCAGGCAAAUGAAUUGCAAUUCCUGACAGCUUCAUGAAGCACUCCCAGCACCCAGAGAAUAGGUCCAGGACUCCAGGAUGCAAAAAUAGUCAUGUGCCUUUGCCUCGAGCGGAGCUGUAGAAUCAGAUGGCACUUGUGUGGCAAGAGUCCUGUUGGCCUGACCUUGACCUCCGGCAACAGAGUGUGUCUGCCACUUGCCUGCUUAAGCCUCAAAUGUUAGAGCUUUAUAACUUUCUGCUAAAUAAGCAAACUGAGCCUGGGAGCUGAAAAUGGCUGUUGUAAGGGGAAAUCGGGGGAAGCUUUUGUUAGUGGGAUGGCUUGGGUGGCCAGACACAGGGUUGCAGAGAUAAUUUAUAUUAGCAUGCUGUUAAAAAGAAAUAGAUUCGAUUUGGUUGCUAAGUCCUGCAAACCAAAAGACUGUUAAAGGCAGAGUUGCAGGGGCUGGUUCAAACAGUGACAGGUGUUGGUGGCGGUUAAUGGAUUGAAACUGAAUCCUGACAAGACAUAAGUACUGUUUCUGGGAGACAGGGGGUGGGCAGGUGUGGGGGGCUCUCUAGUCCUGAGUGGGGUAAAUGUGCCCCUAAAGCAGGGGUAGGUAACCUAAGGCCCGUGGGCCGGAUGCGGCCCAAUCGCCUUCUCAAUCUGGCCUGCGGACAGUCCGGGAAUCAGUGUGUUUUUACAUGAGUAGAAUGUGUGCUUUUAUUUAAAAUGCAUCUCCGGGUUAUUUGUGGGGCAUAGGAAUUCGUUCAUUUCCCCCCCAAAAAAUAUAUUCCAGCCCACCACAUGGUCUGAGGGACGGUGGACCGGCCCACGGCUGAAAAAGUUUGCUGACCCCUGCCGUAAAGGAUCAGAUGUGCAUCCUGGGGGCAUUUUGAACUCACAGCUGUCCAGGGAGGUGCAGGCCAACGCUGUGUCCAGGAUGGCUGUCUACCAGUUCCAUCUGGUACUCAGGGUGAGACCCUGCCUGCCCGCGCCCUGUAUCGCAAGAGUGGUACAUAACUCUGGUUAUCUCCUGCUUGGACCGCUGCAAUGCACUCUUAUGUGGGGAUACCUUUGAAGGUGACUUGGAAACUGCAACUAAUCCAGAAUGCUGCAGCUAGACUGAUGACUGGGAACGGCCACCAGGACCAUAUUACACUGGUCCUAAGAUUGGCUCCUAGUACGUUUCAGAGCACAUUUCAAAGUACUGACCUUUAAAGCCCUAAACAGCCUCAGCCCAGUAUACCUGAAGGAGCGUCUCCACCGCAUCACUCAGCCUGGACACUGAGGUCCAGCUCCGAGGGCCUUCUGGUGGUUCCCUCACUGCAAGAAGUGAAGUUACAGGGAACCAGGUAGAGGGGCUUCUCAGUAGUCACACCCAGCCUGUAAAAUGCCCUCCUGGCAGAUGUCAACUAUAUAAAUUUUCAUAGACAUCAGGCAGUCCUGUUUCAGGAAGCUUUUUAUCUUUUAUGGUGGUGUGUGUGUGUGUGUGUGUGUGUGUGUGUGUGUGUAUGUGUUUGUUUUGUUGCUUUGUUUUAUUUGUAUUGUUGGAAGCCACCUGGAGUGACUGGGGUAACCCAGUCAGAUGGGCAGGGUAUAAGAAAUUUUAUUAUUGUUAUUACUGUAUUGUUGGGACUCCAAUUUCCGCCAGCCUCAGGAAGGAUUGCCCAGUGGUCAGGGCUGAUGGGAGUUGCACUCUAGCAACCUACUGAGGGGCUGGGGCACAGCUUAGCCAUCUCUGUCAAAGCAGGAUGAAGCUGCAGUGCCUUAAAUAACUGUAUAUAAGUCAAAAAGGGACCUGCAACAAAAUGUUGCAGUAUGGAAUGCUUUGUUUAGGGGUCCAGCCAGUCAGUAAACCAUGCCCUCACACAUAUACAUGCUUUCCAUCCAGAGAUGCAAUGGGCCUUUUCUGCAGUGGCUCCCCAUUCCAUUCAGGGCUGGAAGAGGCCCUUGUCUGAAACCAUGGAGAGCCCAUCAGCUUAGAAUCAACAAUAUUGAGCUAGACUAAUCGUUUAAUUUUUCUUAAGGCAGCUUCAGAAUUUUGGGGGAGUUGGCCAUGUGGAUUUCUUGCGCACAGGAAUCAUGGUACGUUGGUCUUCCUUUAUGUCACUGCAACAGCCCACUUUGUUUUUCUGCCUCUGAUUUUCCCUGCCGAUUUUCAUUUAAUCCUCCCCCCCUUUAAAGACAUCCAAACAAUAUCUAGGUCGCUGCACUACGUAAUGCUGCUGAAUUUUCUUGUUGCCUCAAAAUGGGCGGCUUCUAGCUGUUCGUUUUUUCCAUAUUAGCAGAGAAGGGUUCGCUGUGGAGGAACAAUUGAGCAAAGAACCCCAGCUUUGUAAACUGGUUCUUGCUGUUGCUUCUGUCUGGAUGUCGCGAGUUCUAAAUAUAUUUUUUUCAUUGAGUGAUGAUGCUUGUUAGAAGGAGAGCCAGUCUAGCGUAGUGGUUAGAGGGCCGGCCUAGGAUGGCUAAGGUUCAAAUCCCACUCAGCCAUGAGACUCACUGGGUGACUUUGGGCCAGUCACAGUCUCUCAGCCUAACCUACCUCACAGGGUUGUUGUGAGAUGAGGAUAAAACGGGGAGGAAGAGAGCCAUGUAAACCACAUUGGGGGAAAGGUGGGAUAGAAAUGUGAUGAUGAUGAUGAUGAUGAUGAUGAUGAUGAUAAUAAUUUAUACCCCACCCACUCUGGGCAGCUUCCAACACAAUAUUAAAAUACCGUAAUACAUCAAAUAUUAAAAGCUUCCCUAAACAGGGCUGCCUUCAGAUGUCGUCUAAAAGUCUGGUAGUUGUUGUUCUCUUUGACAUCUGGUGGGAGGGUGUUCCACAGGGCGGGUGCCACUACCGAGAAGGCCCUCUGCCUGGUUCCCUGUAACUUGGCUUCUCGCAGUGAGGGAACUGCCAGAAGGACCUUGGCACUAAACCUCAGUGUCCGGGCAGAACGAUGGGGGUGGAGAUGCUCCUUCAGAUAUACUGAACCGAGGCCGUUUAGGCCUUUAAAGGCCUGCACCAAAAGCCCAAAACACCAGCUCCUGCCCUCUCAGUCAGUUCAGGAUCAAUGGUCAGUAUUCAGCUAACCUGCCCCAUCUGUGCAAGGAUUUCUACUUGCACAGCAGAACCUUUCCACCACUAGGGGUUCAGGGAACCCUUAGAACAGAUUUGUGGGGUUUGGGAAAGGAGAGAGGGAGGAAGUUUCUUUGCACAAGCCGAAAUCUUUGUGCGUGCUGAACGCUCUCUUAGCACUACAAUAGCUUCUACCCAAUGGCUUGAAUUUUGCAGUCUUCAGCUGCAGGAAACAUCUGGCAAUUGCAUAUCUCCAUAUUGGCUAUAAACAUCCACUGUGGGCCCACGUACGCCAUCAAGAGUUUAGUGACAUUCUUUCUUUAUAUGAUUAUGUACAUGCUUCCAAAGGGAUAGAUGGAGGGGAUUAUGACUCUAAAGACUGGAUCGCAAAGUUAAUGGUUGGUGGUUCCCAGCUGAAUAUGUGAACAUCAUCUGUUGCAAACUAUGGUGCUUCAGUUGAUGUGUGAUGAUAUGAAAGUCCUGCUUGUGGCAUGGGAUAGACUGUACACGACAACCCUCUUCAAGAGUCUGAAACCCUCAUGUGUUUUAAAUUUCACUAGGUGAGAGUAAGAAUGGGCAAAUAUGUUCAUUUCAUUUCAUCUCAGUUUUGCAUUUUUUCCAGUCUUAAGUUCAGUUUCCAAAUUUCCAUACAGAUGGUAGGUUGGUUUUUGUUUUUUUAAUGUUCUGAAAAUUCACCAGUAUUUCAAAUUUUGGUAUGCAAUUUUCCUAAUGGACGCAUGUUUACAAAGCAUUUUUUGCUAAUAUAAUGCACUUUGGCUUGUUAUUUUAGUUAAUAUACACAUUUUAUGCACACUUUACUCUAGCACAGCACAUGCAUUUUUGUACCUGUUACUUGGUUGGAGAAUUGCAUUUCAAAAUUUGGAAAAGUGCAAAUUUCGAAGAACUGCUGUGUUUCGGUUCACGUAAAGUCUUGGAAAGUGUGAAUUGGGGAGGUUUGCCUCUAAAUGUUAUUUUUAUUUAAUUCUUUUAAAGCAUUUUAAAUGUAGCAAAUGAUUGGUUUUUAAUUCACCAAAGCCGUCUACUAGGACGGGGUAGUCAAAAAAAUGCAAAGGACCCCUGGACGGUUAAGUCCAGUCAAAUUCGACUAUGGGGUGUGGCAUUCAUCUCCGCUUUCAGAUAUAAAAUCUGUUUGGGAGUCAACGAACAGAUUUUAUAUAUUACUGUAUAUAGUUUGAAUUCCAUCAAGGUUUACUUGUCCCCCCCCCCCAAAGUUAUUAGCAAUUCUUGUUUUUAUCCAUAAGCAAACUAUGGUGCUUCAGUUGGGAAAAAUAUGGAGUAUAAAUAAAUUGAUGAUGAUGUAGUGCCCUUGAGAUGUUGUUGGACUACAAUUCCCAUCAUCCCUGACCAUCUGCCAUACUGACUGGGGCUGAUGGGAGUUGUAGGCCAACACCAUUGGGAGGGGGCACUACAUUGGCUAUUGCACUAGAAAAUGAGCUUUCUGGCCCCAUGUCCCUGUCACUCCUCCCUGCUAGCCUGGCUAGUAGGUGAUGGCAACAACUUCUAGCCAAGACCCUCCAGAGCCCCGGCCAAUCCAAAUUGAUAAUGCAGCUCCAGAUGGUCCAAUGGAGACAACAGCAAGGCAAAGAUGCAGUAGGCCAAAUUGGGCACACAGAAGUUAAAUAGGCAGCAGUGACAGUGGUGCUUGGGAAGAGGAGCCCAUUCAGGGUGUGUAUCCUGCAAAGGGUGCCUUGUGGCAGGAUCUGGAGCUGAACCACUGCUCCCUGUGUGAUUAAGGACUUUUUUCGCCCUUCUGGGUUUUCACUGCUGGGGAAGCUUCAGUUGCUGAGGAGGUGAUGGCUGGAAUAAUUCACAGCAAUAUCUGUCUCAGUGGAAUACGUGUAUUUUUGGAAUCCUAGGCUGGCUUUAUAUCUUCAGUGAUCUUCGGCGUGUGUGUAUAGGAAAACCAUUUUGUUUUUCUCAGCCUGUGGUCCUGAAACAAGGGGUGCAGUCUGCGUCUGGGCCCAGGUGGUGUCCCUGAUUUGGUUUUAUCAAAGGGACUUCAGUGCCUCAUUAUUGAAGUGCUAAUUUCCCCCUUCCAAUCCUCCCCCGUCCUUCCCAAUGUCUAGGCAGAUCUCUCAAGAGACACUGAUCUCUGCAAGCUUAUCCUUUCAAACAGCAGACUCUGAGGCAAUUACUCAGAAAGAAAGAGAUCUGCCUGUAGAUAAUACACCAGCUUGCGAGUCCUUUCUGUCCACCCUCAAAUCAAUCUCUGCAGGGGAGAGGAAAUUGGGGUCGGGGACAACACACUCCUAUAGUGCUCGUCUUGGAAGCUCAAUUCCCCGCUUCCAGUCCCCACAGCCAUUUGGGAACGUAAGGAGCUCACAGAACACAAGGAAAUUGCCUGAUAUCAGGUCAGACUAUUUAUGCAUCUAGCCCAGGAGUGGGGAACUGGAUUUUGACUUGCAGCCUUCAUCUUUCUUUCCCCUACCAGGUAUGGGCCAAGUUUGACAGCUGUUGUGAGACCAUAGGUCUUUCUUUAUCUAUCUCCAUCAGUACAGGAAAUGCUAGUCUCCAAUGGAAUCUGGAUACUACUUUUGAGUUGUGUAGCAAGGGUCAAGAGCUAUGUGUACACACACUUCUAUUAUUUGCCUAAUUAAGGUAGCAAAUUCUUCCUGAAAAACCUCCCCUCCCCCCCCCACUGCCAUUCUCAUGGAGAUUGUUGCUUGGAUCUGAAUAGCCAGCGCUCUGCGAACAGCUGAUAGUGAGAGACUUCCUCGGAACUGGCCCCCUGCCUCAGCUGAUUAUUUCAUUUUUAAUGCAUUGUUAAUCAUUUCUGCAUUGCUAUUAGCACCAGCACCCCCAAAGGCUUUUCUUUUCUUAUUUUGGCUUUCCAGCAGGCCUUCCUGUAACCAGCCACAGCUGUUCUGUGCUUCAGAUAAAGUCAGCAAAAACCUCCUUUUGUGCACUGAUUCCUUAAAUAGUGGAUGGGAUCAUGUUUUGAUCAUUUCCUGUUGUGGGGCAGGAAAAAGAUGACUGUUCCAAGGAAGUCAUCAUUUAAAUAAAAAUAAAAGUGCAAUAUUAUUUCCCUCCAAGUGGCUGAAGGUUUGGUGUACCCCAUUUUAUCUUCAUAACAGCCCUGAGAAGUGGGUUAGAUUUAGAGACCUUGACUGGUUCAAGGUCACCGUGUGAUCUUCAUGACUGAGUGUGGAUUUGAACCCUGACCUCCCAGGCACCAUUUCAAAACUUUAACCACUAUGCUAUGCUAUACUGCACUGGCUUUGCUGCUUAUCAUUUCUUUGUGGUCAGUUAAAUACUGGGCAUUCCUAAGGCUGUGCGUCUACCAUUGCUCUUUUACUCCUUUUGGACAUUUGGUGAAUGUAGGGGAAGGGGGACUGGGAUUGUGCCUUUAAGGUGAAUCUAUAAAAUUUGCAUUUUCUUAAACGAAGUGUAGUGAAACACAGCUGUCCUUCAAAAUUCACACUUGCCCGAAUUUUGCAGCCAAACAGUGUUUAGAAAAAUGCGUAUAUUGGGAAAAAGUGUGCACACAAAUGAAUAUGUUAGUGAAAAUGGCAUGCAAAAAUGCAUUAUAUUAGGGGAAAGUGUUUGCAGAAAUGUGUACAUUAGACAGAGCUUCACACAGAAAUGUGUUUAUUAUGAGAAAUGCACCCUUAAAAUGCUAGUGAAUAUUCAUGACCUUUUUAAAAAAGCAAAUUGCUGCAGAAAUAUGGAGAACAUAUUUUAAGACUAGAAAAAUGAGAAAUGGAGAGAACCAGAAUUGACAGAUCCUUGCAUCCCAAGCAACUACUGAAAAUACCCAAUUGCCACCUCCAAAGGGUACAGGAGGAGGACCUCUGACGUAGACCUUGGGGUACCAAAAAACACUUGACAUUUGGCAGUUUGGAAAGCCAUAAAAGGGUGGGAUGAAUGAAUUACUAAUGGGAAGAUGUGCAAAUGCCCCAUAAACAGAUUGGGAUGAAUGUUAAUGUUUUAUAAGUUCCCCAUUAAAAAAUGGAAUAAAUAUGAUAGUCUAUCCUCCUACUUCAGUUUUGUGCAAGGAAAUCAAGUUGAAUGUGGAAUAAAUAGGUCAUCUAGAGGAGCUCUUAGAUUCUGCACAGGUUCUUAUGGGAGUAGGCAGCCUUUUGAUUUACGGGAUGCGGGUGGCACUGUGGGUUAAACCACAGAGCCUAGGGCUUGCUUGCCAAUCGGAAGGUCGGUGGUUUGAAUCCCCGCGAUGGGGUGAGCUCCCAUUGCUCGGUCCCUGCUCCUGCCAACCUAGCAGUUCAAAAGCAUGUCAAAGUGCAAGUAGAUAAAUAGGUACCGUUCAGGCGGGAAGGUAAACGGCGUUUCCAUGCACUGCUCUGGUUCGCCAGAAGCGGCUUAGUCAUGCUGGCCACAUGACUCGGAAGCUGUACGCCAGCUCCCUUGGCCAAUAAAGCGAGAUGAGCGCCGCAACCCCAGAGUCAUCCACGACUGGACUUAACUGUCAGGGGUCCCUUUACCUUUAGCCUUUUGCUUUAAUACUUGUAUUCCCCUUUUCCACAAGACUGUUGAGCUCAAAGAGGCUCAUAAUGAUAACAUAAAAAGCUCCCAUCACUGCUUCCUAUUUUUGUGAUUGUGUGUUUGGAUUUUGUUCUUUUGGAUGAGGGGUUUUACUUUCAUUUAUCUAAGCAUGAUAUGUGCUGGAGAUGGUACCUAUAAUCAUCAUGACUAGAAGCUAUUCAUUGCCUUAUUCUCUAGGAGGGAUGAGGGAGAAAUUCAGUGCAUUUUGCCUGGUCUGCGUUUCCCAAACAGAUAUGCGAACUGAAGUAUCCUUCCAAAUUCACACUUCUUCACAUGUUUCAAUGCAGUUCUUCAGCCAACAUGAACCAAAAGGCUUAUGUUUGGGGGAAAGUAUGCACAAAAAUAUAUGCAUUUGUGCAAAUAGCAUUUUUAAAAAAAUUGCAUUGUACUUAGGGGAAUAGCUUGAAGAAAGGUGUGCCUUAGUUUAUACCGCAUGCAAAAAUGUGUACUGUAUAUUGGGGAAAAUGUGGAGAAAGGAAUUUAAGAUGGGGAAAAUGACAAACUUGGAGAAACCGAAAGGGACAGAUUUGCCCAUCCCUAUUCUCCACAGCUUAGUUUCGGUCAUGGGUUUGAUCCCCAUAUGGGCUAGCUGCGUAGUCCUGCCUUGCCGAGGGGUUGACUAGAUGAACUUAGAGGUCCCUUCCAAGCUCUACAAUUCUAUGAUCCUAAGGAGAUCUGUGCUGCUGCCUUCCUCUCCUGUCUCUCUCCACCCCUGAGUCUCAUCUUCUCUUUCUCUCCCUUCUACCCUCCUGGCUUCCAGGAUGCUUCUGUGGUUUGGGGCUGGUUUACACCAACAAAUCCUGCACGAUGCCUCCCAUCACAUUCCAGGACUUGCCGCUGAAUAUCUACAUGGUGAUUUUUGGCACGGGGAUCUUCGUCUUUGUGCUCAGCCUCAUCUUCUGCUGCUACUUCAUAAGGUGAGUCACAGCCCCGAGGGAGAUGCUGGAUGCAGAUGGCGGAGGAGGGAGGAAACACAAGCGAGGCACCUGGGCCUGUGACUGCAGUUGCUUCUCCUUCGCUGCUUUCUAGAUAAUUUGGGGUCAAAGAGGAAGAGGAGGGGGAGGAUUGAAACUUAAAAUAUUUUUAAACCAAAUAGCUAAAUCUACUAAAGGGAAGGACUGUGGCUCAGUGGCAGAACAUCGGCUUGGCAUGCAGAAAGCUCCCAGGUGCAAUGCCUGUCGUCUCCAGGCAGGGCUGUGUAGAGACCCCUGUCCCACGAGAGCAGCUGCCUGCCAGUGUAGGCAACACUGAGUGAGAUGGACCAGUGGCCUGAUUCUGUAGGAAGCAGCUUGCUAGUCCUUCCAUGAGGUUUUUCAAAGAAAGUUCCAAGGAGCCUUGGAGGUCAGGAAUCUGUCAAGAAUCAGACAAAGCUUGUUAAAACAGAUAACUCCUUAAUUGCCCUAUGAAUUGCUGUCCCUAGCCCAGGGACGGGGAACCUGAAUCAGACCAAGGGUCAAAUGUGUCCCUCUCUGUUUGUUCCUUGAGAGUCUUCCCAGGCCACACCACCUACUGGCCCUGCUUUGCACCCUCCUUGCAUGUUUUUGCCUGGCUGGAAUAUGUCCUUGAACUCUGAUAAUGCCUGUUGUUUGUCAGGAUGGAGAACAGAGGGUGUGUGUGUGUGUGUGUGUGUGUGUGUAGAAAGGAGCCAUUUAUUUAUUUAUUUAUUUAUUUAUUUAUUUAUACCCCAGCCACUCUGGGCGUCUCCCAAUAGAAUAUUAAAAACACGAUAAAACAUCCAACAUUAAAAACUUUCCUAAAAGUCAGAUAGUUGUUUAUUUCUUUUCACAUCUGAUGGGAGGGUGUUCUACUGUGCGGGCGUCACUACUGAGAAGGCCCUCUGCCUUGUGUGCAAAGGUAAGAUUUGCAUUCAUUACCCUCCCCACUUUUGCCUCUGACCCCGCUGACCCCUGGCAGGCUCCCACCUGGCCCUUAGGCUGAAUCCAGAUGCCCCACCCUCAAUCUAUAGCCCAGUAUGGUCUUUCCUGAUUAGCAGCAGCUCUCUUUUAAGACCUCUGGCAGACGUCUCUCUCCUGUCACCUGAAUCCUUUUAAGUGGAGGGGACACAGAAUGUGGAAGGUUUGCAUAUAAACCAUUUGCUCUGCAACUCAGGCCCCAUCUGUACUACCAUACCACUGUCACAGCCAUGGCUUCCCCCAAAGAAUCCUGGGGAGUAUAGUUUUUUACGGAAGUCGAGAGCUGCUAAGAGUCACCUAUCCCCUUCACGGAGCUACAAUUUGCAGAGUUCCCUGUGAAGAGAGAUCGACCAUUAGACCGCUCUGUGAAUCAAGGGGACGGGGCGGGUCUCCUUACAACUGUCAGUGCUCUUAACCAACUGCAGUCCCCAUGAUUCUUCGGGGGAAGCUGUGACUGUUUAAACUGUGAUGUAAUACUGCUCUAGGGACGCGGGUGGCACUGUGGGUUAAACCACAGAGCCUAGGACUUGCCGAUCAGAAGGUCGGCGGUUCGAAUCCCCGCGACGGGGUGAGCUCCCAUUGCUCGGUCCCAGCUCCUGCCAACCUAGCAGUUCGAAAGCGCGUCAAAGUGCAAGUAGAUAAAUAGGUACCACUCCGGCGGGAAGGUAGAGGGCAUUUCCGCACGCUGCUCUGGUUCUCCAGAAGCGGCUUAGUCAUGCUGGCCACAUGACCUGGAAGCUGUACACCGGCUCCCUUGGCCAAUAAAGUGAGAUGAGCGCCGCAACCCCAGAGUCGUCUGCAACUGGACCUAAUGGCCAGGGGUCCCUUUACCUUUAAUACUGCUCUAGUGGAAAUGAGGCCUGAGCUAUGGUUGCUCCAUCCCGAAUCUCUCAGGGCUCUAAAGCAGUGCAAGCGCUGUCCGUUCAAGGCCUGAGCAAUUGUCGGCCUGGGUUUCUUUCUGCCAAACUGCUUCUGAGUGUUGCUUCCAUGCCCGUCAUGAAUGUGCAAGGACGGGUGGGAGUCGGAAUGCGAUGCUGGGUGCAGCUUUUGCCAGAGGAGACUUUGCCCCGUGCCACGUAGGAUGUGCAGAUUAGUUAGCGAAGGAAUGAAUUUUGCUCUGUGCCGCGAAGGCCCUGGGCCUCCUGGCUUUAGCCUUGUGGACAAUGAGGCUUUUAUCUAGUCCCCUGAGCAAAUACCAAAAAAAGAAAGAGAGAGAAGGGUUGAGAAUGAUUUAGAGUUACUUCUUUGCUAAGCCAUGCAUAGGUCAUAACCUCUUAGGGCAGUUCAAUCCCCAGGCUGAUAUAUGUCAUUCCUGGGCAAACAAAGGAUGCUCCACAUGUUGAGCUUGCAGUCCCCAUUGUAUAUCCAGAUUGGUUGUGGGUGCAAACAAUACACAGAUGGGUGCAAACAAUAUGCCAGUUGUGGGACUUGCAAGAUACUUUAAAUUCAAGCUCUUUGGAAAUUGCACAUGGGGGCAAGGUUCCUAAGACAUUGGGAUAAAAUAGAGGUUUGCCUCCCUUUCUCUCUUUACGCACACGCGUCCAGCUGGAUCAGGCCAGCAGCCGUCGUAGUUUGGCAUUCCUGAUUCCCAGCCUCUGCUGUUGUGAGACCAUAGGCACAUAGGAAGCUGCCUUAUACCAAGUCAGACCAUCUUGACUCAGUGGGUCCCCAGAUGUUGUUGGACUACAACUCCCAUCAUCCCUGAGCUCUGGCCUUGCUAGCUAAGGGUGAUGGGAGUUGUAGUUCGACAACAUCUGGGGAUCCACAGGUUGAGAACCGCUGGUCUACAGAGACUAGCAGAGACUCUCCAGAGCCUCUUCAGACAAGGGGUUGAACCUGGAACCUUCUGCAUUCAGAGCAGAUUCUCUGCCACUGAGUUACAGCCCUUCCUCUAAGAAUUACUGCCUCUUCCCUGCGACGAAUCUACUGUCCAUCCCUUUCAUUGGGUGAUAAUAAUAAUAAUAAUAAUAAAUUUAUUAUUUAUACCCCGCCCAUCUGGCUGGGUUUCCCCAGCCACUCUGAGCGGCUUCCAACACAAUAUUAAAAUACAGUAAUGCAUCAAACAUUAAAAGCUUCUCUAAACAGGGCUGCCUUCAGAUGUCUUCUAAAAGUCAGAUAGUUGUUUAUUUCCUUGACAUCUGAUGAGAGGGUUUCCACAGGGCGGGUGCCACUACCGAGAAGGCCCUCUGCCUGGUUCCAUGUAACUUGGCAUAUCGCAGUGAGGGAACCGCCAGAAGGCCCUCGGUGCUGGACCUCAGUGUCCGGGUAGAAGGAUGGGGGUGGAGACGCUCCUUCAGAUAUACUGGACCGAGACCGUUUGAUCCCAAUGAGAGAGUGAGAGAGCUCUUCACCACUUCUUCCCCACUGCAAAUAAUUUUGUGAAGCUCUCUUAUGACACAUGCACAAGCCAGUAGCCAUUUCCCCACCUUAAAAUGAAAAAGCUACCCACCCCACCCCACCCAGUUUUAACCCUUCCUUACUGGAAUAACUGCUUUGCCUUGGCACCAGAUGUUUAUAUUUGUGUGACCACUCCCUUGAGAAACAGCCAGCCGAGGACAUUCUGCCAAGCUAAGAUGACCAGCUCUUGUCUUCACGAAACAGGAAAGGGCAGGAAGUUGCAGAGGGGAGGGCCUCAUUCAGGUGGUAGACAGAUCCAUUGUUUCUGGGGGAAAGAAGAGACAUGUCUUGCUUCCAUCGGCUAUUUAUAGAAAACUUAUUUUUAAACUGUGCAUUUGCCUGCAGCCGGGAUGUCUAGGAAUAGCCAAAUGGAUGACAAAGAGCCGAUUUCUUUCAACUUUUCUUUGGAGCGUCUGUCUCCAUCAAAAUCCCUAAAGAAAAGACGUAGUCAGCGUUGACUUUUCCCAGGGCAAGCGGCAAUAUCUACUUUGAGAGAAAGUUUUAAGGGAGAUCUCUCAACCUCCUCCAUUGGAAAUUUGAAUGCUCUUGUUCAGAUCGAGUUAGCCAUCACUGACGUUUUGUCAAUAAUAUUUACUGUAGACUUUUUGAGAGCUGAGCAUGUUUGCUACAUGAGUUUCAUUUAUUUACUUUUGCAAGAUUUAUAUAGCACUGAAUUAAAAAAAAACAAACCACAAGGAAGUAAAAUACGCUUUAGAAAUUACCGAUAAAUCAACAGACUAAAAACAAGUAGGCAUAAUAUAGUGAUCGAAAUAUAGAUGGACUAAUAUGUGUAAUAUGGGGACGUGGGUAGCGCUGUGGGUUAAACCACAGAGCCUAGGACUUGCCGAUCAGAAGGUUGGCGGUUCAAAUCCCCAUGACGGGGUGAGCUCCCAUUGCUCGGCCCCUGCUCUUGCCAACCUAGCAGUUCGAAAGCACAUCAAAGUGCAAGUAGAUAAAUAGGUACCGCUCCAGCGGGAAGAGGGACGCAGGUGGCGCUGUGGGUAAAACCUCAGUGCCUAGGACUUGCUGAUCGCAAGGUCGGUGGUUCGAAUCCCUGCGGCGGGGUGAGCUCCCGUCGUUCGGUAUCAGCUCCUGCCCACCUAGCAGUUCGAAAGCACCCCUAAGUGCAAGUAGAUAAAUAGGUACCGCUUUAUAGCGGGAAGGUAAACGGCGUUUCCGUGUGCGGCGCUGGUGCUGGCUCGCCAGAUGCAGCUUAGUCACGCUGGCCACGUGACCCGGAAGUGUCUCCGGACAGCGCUGGCUCCCGGCCUCUUAAGCGAGAUGAGUGCGCAACCCUAGAGUCGGACACGACUGGCCCGUACGGGCAGGGGUACCUUUACCUUUACCAGCGGGAAGGUAAACGGCGUUUCCGUGCACUGCUCUGGUUCGCCAGAAGCGGCUUAGUCAUGCUGGCCACAUGACCCGGAAGCUGUACGCCGGCUCCCUCGGCCAAUAAAGCAAGAUGAGUGUCACAACACCAGAGUUGGCCACAAGUGGACCUAAUGGUCAGGGGUCCCUUUACCAUUAAUAUGCGUAAUAAAAUCACAUGCCUGGGUAGGCCUGCCUAAACUAAAAUGUUUUCAGCAGGCUUUGGGGGGAAAAUUAAAGCGGUUGUCUAAUAUUAACAGGCCCAACAGACUCUGCAAACUUUGCAAAUCACCAGUGUUACAUUGCUAAACUAAAAGGUUCAACUGACGCAAUCCCAGCCAGAAGAUGCGACAAGACAAGAGUAAAAAUGUUGGUUCUGGGCAUAUUUGGCCUCAGUUCUUAGGAUUAGGUUGAGGUUUCAGCACUCUUAAUCCCACUCUCCAGAUACAGAGUCCUUUAGCUCUCUCUGGUCCUUCUUGAUUGAUGUUGAAGGUGGCUGCAAGUCAAGAAUGACACUGGCAUGGCUCCUACCUGGAGGUGUUGGGGAUUGAACCAGAGACCUUCUGCAUGCAAAGCAGAUGCUCUACCACUGAGCUACAGCUCUUUCCCAUGUGGUGGCCCCUAGCCCAGCCCUAUUAUUCACUGUCUGUUUCCUGCCUCCAGCAGCUCAGGCCAGCCGGUUUGACUUCCACAGCCGUGAAUGGGUGCUUGUCCUGGCGAGGUGUCUGAAUGAGCCUUGACCAAAAGUUCUAAGCCUCAGGAUUGGAGCCAGGUUCAUUGCCAGCAUCCCUUGAGCAUUUUAACUGCCUGCCCAGGGGCAGCUCCAGCUUGUUUUCCAUUGAGCUUCCAAUCUUGAAGCAUAUGGCUGAGCAGUUGCACUCUCACUUUCUUCUGCUUUGCAGUCCUAGGGAAAAAAAGUUCUGGAAGCAGGAAUGACUCUGUGCAACCAAUCCCAGCAAGUGUCAUCUGCCUGGGACCAAUUGGUUGUUGUUUUUCUUUUUGCCGAACGGCUGUCUGGAAAAGCAGCCUCCCAAUCUGUGGCGAUAAGCCACCAUUCAGAAGUCCACAGCGUAUGUAGGCAAUAAUUGCACAUUGAUUUUAAUUGUUGUUUCUUGCUAGGGUUUCAAUGUUCCACUGAUUAAAUUGCUUAGCACAGAGGUGAGGAACCGCAAGCCCAGGGGCCAAAUCUGGCCCUCGGGAUUCUCAUUAGGCCACGCCCCUGUUCCCAGGCCACACCCCUUACUUAUCUUUCUUUGCAUACUCCUUGCGUACUUCUGUCGGGUAGGAAUGUGUCCUUAAUGCCGCCUGUUCACCUGGAUGGAGGGCAUGUUUGCGCACAUAUGUAGAAACCUAUGACGUUUGUGUGGCUGGAAUGUACCAUUACUCUAGACACCUCUGCUCUUGGCAUUGCCCUUCAGUGGCAUUCAUGCCUCAGAAAUUUGCCCAGGAGAGAAUGCGGCCCGCAAGCAAAAGGACGCUCCCCCUCCCUGGUUAAGAUUAAUCAAUUGCAGAAAUAUUUAAAUCUACUUCAAAAGCACCCAGGAUUAAUUGGGAAACACAUCAUGCAUACACUUUUAAAUAUAAGUUCUUGUAAAAUAAUCUUUAAAGGCAGCCCCACAUAUAAAAUUAUUGCAAUCAAAUGAGAUGUUGCCAGUUUGACAUAACAAAGCCUUGCCGCUUGUCUUUGACGUCACAGUUCAUUUAUUUUUAUUUAAUGACCUAUAUAUGCCACGUGAUCGUAAUAAACCCUCAAAGCAGUUUGCAACAAGAAAAGAAAAAAAGCAUUAUCAAUAAAAGGCUGUUAAAACCACAUAUUGAAAAACAUUCAAAAGCCGAUUAAAAUCAACAAUAAACUAAAAACAGAUUAACACAUGUAGCUUCCAUAUGUCUGGGCAGGCUUGCCUAAACAAAAAUGUUUUAAGCAGGCACUGGGAAGAGUACAGUGAAGGAGCCUGCUUGCUGUCAAUAGGCAGUGAGUUCCAAAGUUUAGGGAUUUCUUCUUUUUUUUUAAUUUUUUAUUAAAUUUUCCAACAUACAUUUAUAGUAUCCAAUCUAAAUUUAUCACAUAUUUUCUCUUUUAGACUUCCUUCAACCUCUCUGACAGUCAUCCAUUAUUCAAAUUUUUAAAUACGCAUUUCCUAAUUUUAUAUUGCAUUUCAUAAACCUUCACACACUUAGUUUUCAUCAAUACAAUAGUACUCUGGUUUCUCUUCAGAUCGUAUAAAUCUUUCGCCUUUUACAAAGUUCAGGGAUUUCUUGGCCUUAACAACUAUCCUGCCUUUUCUUCCAUGUGUCGAUAAAACCUCUGAUAUGGAUCAGCUGCUCUGAAGGAAUGACAUUGUUACAAAUAGGGGGCAAAACUGGCAGUAUGUUUGCAUUAUGUUUCUGUGAGAGCAGGGGAAGUCGUCAGUUUGGCUGGGAUCACACAGGUCACCUAAGACCGUAAGUAGUGUAGCUUUGUGGGACCGAGUGAUUGAAAAAUGGGUGCACAGUAGACAAGCCUUGAGAUACUGCUGAACCGCAACUCCCAUCAGCCCCACAAGCAUGGCCAAGGAUGAUGGGCAUUGUAGUUUAGCAACAUCUGGAGGGCCAGUGGUUUCCACACUGGAUUUAGGGUAAGCAUGAGGAAGAAGUGCUGGAUGGUAUGAGCGGUUUGCUAGCAUAGCAGAUUGCCUUAGAAGCUGGUAGUCUCUCCUUUAUUAGAAGUUUUUUAGCAUGUUUGGGUUUUUCCUGUUAACUUAAAAAAUGUUCCCUUUCCCUCUGCAGUAAACUUCGACAUCAGGCACAGAGUGAAAGAUUUGGAUACAAAGAGGUAACAGGGCUAUGACCUGGUUUUAAAUAUUUUUUCCCCUUUUGCUUUCCAAACUAUGAUCAAGGGAAUGGUUUAGUUCCUGAGCAGGUAUGGGAAGGAGCUGAGAUGCCUUUCUGGGCUUGCCAGCACCUUAGUGUGCAACAGGAAGUGAGAUGUUCAUAAUCUAGAACAAAGCAGGAAAUCUUUUGCCAAUCUUGUAUCCCUAACAUAGCCAUGUAAAGCUGAAAUUCUAUAUACCUGAAGUGAGGAAGCUCUGUCCCAUAGGCUUAAUCUGGCCCACCAAGUGGUCCCAUUUCCCUGCGAGGCCAUUUUGUGCAAGCUGCAGCCUCCUGCCCUACAAGUGACGCCGGGUGUGGGGCACAUAAAAGCAUAGCUUGGCAAAAAGUGGCUUUUUGGGCACCUGCUUCUGUGGCCCCAUUGCACAGCACUUCCCAAACACCUGACAACCAGCCAACCAAGCAAUCUGAAGGAACAGAGCAAUGCAAUCUCCCCUUUGGGCAGGGAUAGAAGGCAGAGGUGUCUCUCAGUCCUGCCAGCCUCUGCCUGCAGUAUUACACCGGCCUCAUUCAGGUAGUGUGGAGCACCACUUUCCACCUACCAAACAUGGGGAAGUGCUACUGGUUAGGAACCCGCCAGCAGCAGGAAGACCCAAAAUGCCAUGUUCCAGAGGCAGGGAAGGAAUCCUGAGCCUGCUGUAUUGCCAACACAUGGCGGCAUGAGGCCCGGUUGUUGUGCCAGCUCCAGGCUGGUGUAGCAACUUGCAUGCCCGCCCCUACCAACUUCCACUCUGACUAGUAUGCAGAGGAAGUGGUUGGUGUUAGGUGUGCAAUAUUAAUCUUUCCACAACCCUACCUAUCAGCAUUCUGGAUGUAAGAAGACAGUUGUUUCCUGUGGUUUUUUUAAUUGGAAAAAAGUUGGCAUUACCAACCAUGAAGUUGUUAAGUGCCACACUUUUAACAUUUGGGCGGAAAGGGUGCCAGUACUGCGUGCUCUUGAGGAGCCCCAGGAAAAAAGCACUGGUUGUUUCCAUUGUGUCCUGUUUUCAUGACAAUCUGUGCUGCUUCCGUUCUGCUGCGGCUCAGUUUCCACCAAAUGCAGAGUUACUCAUCUCUCUGCUAUUUGACGGAUUUUGCAUAUUUAUUCACAUAGAUUGACGGAUUCGGUGUAAUGUAUGAGGUGACUAUUUCCACAACAUUCCGUUCAGUGCAAAGGAAACACAAUUCAAAUCAAUUGAUGACAAUUACGUAUCACCAAUUGCAUAUCAUUUGUGGGCUGGGGUGGAGGCAAACCGUGAAUACCAACAGAGUGAUUUAUGUUCCGGAUGUGAGAUGAAUAAGCGAACAUCGGCAGUUUCCAUCACUUUUUCUGUUUUCGUCAGAAUAACCUAGCAAUCAGUAGUUUGCAGUUGUCCUUCCACCCACGAACUGCUUUGAUGUACACCUUCACUCACCAAUACCUACACAUCUCAGACCUCAGAGUGGCUUUUGCAAGGCGCUGCUGUAUUGCAGAUAUGCGCUUGCACAGCAGACGUUUCCACGAAGAGUCAAAGCUAUGUGCUCAUCAGAAAGGACGGAAAAGUUUGAGCAAAGAGAGAAACAAUGGGGAAGUUUGCCAAAGCCCGAAUUAUCUGGGCCAGAUCUCCCCACCCAGCAAGUCUGCCUGUGUGAUUUAUGUGGUUUCUGUAUAAACCAAGGUUUUCAGUGUUCAGCAGCAGUCACUGUCUGUCUGCACAGUAGUCAGCAGGAUUAAAAUACAUGCCCUGAUCAUUCAUUUCUGGUGCCCUGAUGCUAAUCUGCCUCCUUCUCUUUCCUUUCUUCCUCUCAGGUGGUUUUAAAAGGUGAUGCCAGAAAGCUAAACUUACAUGGGGUGAGUAUAGAAUCCACUUUGAUGGAUGAAAGGGGCUGGCUUUUAACCAACAUUUAGAAAGCAAGGCUCCCUUGCAGUUUCUUUCUGGGGCACAUGGGGAGGGGAAAGUAAGAAGAGCCCUGCUGGAUCAGGCCAGAGGCCACAGUGGCAAACCAGAGGCCUAUGGGAAGCUCAAAAUCGGGGUCGAAAUGCAACAACACUCUCCCCACUUGUGAUUCCCAGCAAACGCUGUUCAGAAUCAUACUGCCUCCGGCAGUGGAGAGAGAAUCAUAGAAUUGUAGAGUUGGAAGGGACCCCAAGGGUCAUCUAGUCCAACCCCCUGCAAUGCAGAAAUCUCAGCUAAAGCAUCCAAGACAGAUGGCCAUCCAACCUCUGCUUUAAAACCUCCAUCACCUCCUGAGGGAGUCCAUUCCACUGUCAAACAGCUCUGACUGUCAGAAAGUUGGAAUCUCCUUUCUUGUAACUUGAAGUCAUUGGUUCGAGUCCCGGCCUCCAGAGCAGGAGAAAACAAGCUUGCUCCCUCUUCCAGGUUUUUUUAAAAAAAAUUAUUUUCAAUGCAAAAUUACAGCAGAAAUUAAAAACAUUGAAUCCAAAAUAAAACAGUACAAACAAGAAAACAAAAUACAAGAGAAAAAAACAAACAAAAACACACAUCUACAAAUAAAACCAUAUCAUCAUUCUAAUCAUUAAGUACAUAUACACAUAUUGACACCCUUCCUUUGUUCUGAGACCUCAAAAUUUUUACUCUUUCUAAAUUGAAAAUGGUUCAAAAAGUAUAAAGAUAGGGGUAAUCUACAUUAGACACAAAAGGUUUGCUCCCUCUUCCAUGUGACAGCCGUUGAGAUAUUUGAAGAUGGUUAUCCUAUCUUCUCUUAGUCUCCUCUUUUCCAGGUGAAACAUACGCAGCUCUUUCAACCGUUCCUCAUAAGGCUUACUUUCCAGACCCUUGAUCCUCUUAGUUUGCCCUACUCUGCACACAUUCCAGCUUGUCAACUGUUGGGAUACUGCCAGGGAGACAAAGUCCAUCAUGGCCCCACAAGUCGCCUCCGGACGUCCAUCGAUCUCCCGUAGACACGCAGUAUCAGCAAUUAGCGACACGAGCUCCAGAAAUAGCUUGCCACAUUCCAGAGCUGAUGCACGCUCUAUCAGCAGAUAAUUCACAGCGAAAGAUGCACGCAGGAGAGCAUUAUUUACAAGUUUAUUCAGCGUUGGUCAGAACAAAGAAAAACAUGACUGCCUGCUUCAGUGUCUCUGACACAGAGAGAGAAACGAAAGCAAAGACACAACAGAAACAUCCUGUGAACAGGAAAUACGCAGGCUGUGACACAAACAUCCUGCUCCCUUUUAAGGUGGAACGGAAAUAUCCUCUUAGUUUGCCCUACUCUGUACACAUUCCAGCUUGUCAACAUCCUUCUUAAACUGUGGUGCCCAGAAUUGGACACGGUAUGUAGCUAUGAUAACCAGCAGCCACUGAUAGCUUUAUCCUUCAUUAAGCUUUCCCUUAAUUGUCUUUUCAAGGCACACUACCUCCAAUACAGAUGUGCACAGCCAUCACGGCUGGUAGCCAUUGCUAGGCUCCAUGAAUUUGUCUAAACUCUUUUUAACUCUAUUUUGGAGGAGCAAGUGCCAUGGCUUUCAAUAUGUGCUGUGUGAAGAAGCACCUCCUUUUUCUGCCUUGCAUCUUCCCAUAGAAGACUAAUCAAAAUUUGCAAACACUUACACAGAUAAACUGUUAUUCAGUGAAUAUCAGUGAGACUGAAGCAAAAUCCCUGGCAGGAAGGAAAGAAGGAACCCUAAGAGCUUGUGUGUUUUUUUACUUUGCAUGCAGAAGGUCCCAGGUUGAAUCUUGGGCACCUCAUGCGUAGUAAGUGACAUGAAAGACCUCUGUCAGAGACCCUGAAGAGUUGUUGCCGGUCAUUAAAAAAAACCAGUCAGGGCUGCCUCCUCCAGUUGCUGCAGCCCAAAUGAAAUUUGUCACGGAUCCACACAACUCAACACAACCCCAGGACAACAUUUUAUUAUUAUGAAUAAUUAUUAUUAUUAUUAUUUAUACUCCGCCCAUCUGGCUGAGUUUCCCUGCCACUCUGGGCGGCUCCCAAUCAAGUGUUAAAAACAGUACAGCAUUAAAUAUUAAAAACUUCCCUAAACAGGGCUGCCUUCAGAUGUAUUUUAAAGAUAAGAUAGCUACUUAUUUCCUUCAAAGCUGAAGGGAGGGCGUUCCACAGGGCAGGCGCCACUACCGAGAAGGCCCUCUGUCUGGUUCCCUGUAACCUCACUUCUCGCAAUGAGGGAACCGCCAGAAGGCCCUCGGAGCUGGAUCUCAGUGUCCGGGCUGAACGAUGGGAUUAGGUCUUGUGAAAGCGCCUUGGACUGCAGUAGACACAUUUUGUAAGCCAAAAUCUGGAGUAGAUAAAGGCCCAAGAGGAUGCCACCUUGGGCCAAGUAAAUGAGAUCUGCCCUGCUGCUCAGUGAGCCUUCAAGAUCAAGAAAACUUUUAGCAAAGCAAGGGUCCCAGUAGGGCUUCAUCCCAUUCAUAAGAAGCUUGUGGCCUGUUGGGCCACCAGUUGUCUACACUGAAUGGCAGCAGCUCUCCAGUGUUUGGGAAAGGGGAUAAUAAUAAUAAUAAUAAUAAUAAUAAUAAUAAUAAUUAUACCCCGCCCAUCUGGCUGGGUUUCCCCAGCCACUCUGGGCAGCUUCCAACUGAAUAUUAAAAACAAUACAGCAUCAGACACUAAAAGCUUCCCCAAACAGGGCCACCUUCAGCUGUCUUUUAAAAGUAAAAUAGUUGUUCAUUGCCUUGACAUCUGCUGGGAGGGCGUUCCACAGGGCAGGCGCCACUACCGAGAAGGCCCUCUGCCUGGUUCCCUAUAACCUCACUUCUCGCAGCGAGGGAACCACCAGAAGGCCCUCGGCGCUGGACCUCAGUGUCUGGUCAGAACGAUAGGGGUGGAGACGCUCCUUCAGGUAUACAGGACCAAGGCCGUUUAGGGCUUUAAAGGUCAGCACCAACACUUUGAAUUGUGCUCGGAAACGUACUGGGAGCCAAUGAAGAUUUUUCAGGACCGGUAUUAUAUGGUCUCGGUGGCCGCUCCCAGUCACCAGUCUAGCUCCCGCAUUCUGGAUUAACUGCAGUUUCCGAGUCACCUUCAAAGGUAGCCCCACGUAGAGCGCAUUGCAGUAGUACCCCAGCCCUGCCCUGAAGAUGCCAGGAACUGAACCUGGGACCUUUUGCAUGCAAGGCAGAUGCACAAUCCCUGAGCUGUGUCUCUUCCACGGCAACUGGGUCAAAUGAUUUGGCAGAAGCAAAACUGGGCAGUUCCUCUGACUCUGCCCUCUUCUAACUCCUGUUUCUCACCCAGCCUUUGCAAAACAUGACGAGGCCCGUCUUUCGCACUGAGAUCUGCUGUGGGUGGGCACACAGGAGACAGCUUUGUAAUGUACGCCUCUUCUUCUCUCUCUUCCCCCCCCCCCUUUCUCCACAGCAGACUUGUGCCGUCUGCCUAGAAGACUUUAAAGUGAAAGAUGAGCUGGGAGUGUUGCCAUGCCAACAUGCCUUCCACAGAAAGUGAGUAGCUGCCAAGGAUGGGCCAAAUAGCUGCUUUUGUGCCUCUCAGCUUGGCAAGAGGCCCGGCGUUCAGUUAACGCCCUUUGGUGCAUGCGGCUGGGGAGAGGAGAUGGGCGCCUUUGCCCACAGAAAGAGGCGAGGAGAGGGAGCCUGGCUUUUGUUUCUGAAAACCUCUUGGGCUGCGGGGAGGGAGGGCAUCUUUGCGAGGUUGGCAGGAGUAGGCCGAGGCCUGGAUCAAACCGGACCGUGACAUGCCAAGGCUCAGAGCCAUUGCUGCGGUCAGAAGGGAGCCAGGGUUGCACCUAUUGUUUGCUUGAUGGAUUGUUUAUUAUCCGCUCUGCACCUUAAGGUGGGUUAAAACAUCUGCCGAGCCAAGAGUAGGAACAAAGAACCCAUCGAAAUGACGGCUACAUUUGUUUCAAUUGAGGGGAAGAUAGUUGAAUGGGGGGGCAGAUUUUGGCUGAACCCCUGAGGCAAAAUACAGUCAUACCUCGGGUUACAGACGCUUCAGGUUGCGUUUUUUCAGGUUACGGAUGCGCCGAAACCCGGAAGUACCAGAAUGGGUUACUUCUGAGUUUUGGCGGUCGCACAUGCACAGAAGCGCUAAAUCGUGCUUUGCGCAUAUGCAGAAGUGCCGAAUGGCAACUCGGGCGUGCGCAGACGCUGCACUGUGGGUUGCGAAUGCUGCGAGUUGCGAAUGUGCCUCCCGCAGGGAUCACAUUCACAACCUGAGCAUCCACUGGAAUAGUGUUGAAAUGAUCAGGGAAGAGGUAAAAUGAUUUGAAGGUAAAACUUAAACUUCUUUUAAGUUUUCUAUUUGUUUUCUUUCUUAUUACCUUUUUAAAAAUAAAAAAGCUGCCAGCUCUACUGGCUGGUUUGCAGCAUAUUGCCUGCUGCUCCCCCCUCCCCCCCAUCCUUCCUUCUUGGAGGGCUUGUGGGAAAUUUACGUAUUAUUUAUUUGUUUGUGGCAUUUAUAUCACACCGUCUAUUCCCAAAGGCUAAUAUAUAUAUAUAUAUCUUCUGAGACGGUCCCUUGCCCUCAACCUCCCAAUCUAAAAGAAAAGACAUAGCAUGAAAGGAAAAAGGGAAUGGACGGGAGGAGGGGAAAGCAAGCUCAAGCACAAGUUUCCAAGUUGCAGUUGCAGCCAAUGUCUGUGGCAGUUCUGGCUGUCUUGCUCUUAAUAAAGAUCAUUUGUUGUCUGGAAACAGCCCCCCCCCCAACUAGAUUAGAGCUGGAAACAGAGAUGGUGAUUAUGUUCCAGGCAGGGGGUCAGGACAACUCCUGCCCCACAGGCCCCAUACACACAUUUCUUUUAAAGCACAUUGCCCUGAAGAAUCCCAGGAAUUGUAGUUUAUUAAGGCUGCUGGGAAUUGUAGCUCUGUGAAGGGUAAACUGCAGUUGCCGUGAGUCUUUUGUGGGGGGAGCCAUGGGCUUCAAAUGUGCUUGAAAUAUUGGUCUCUCCAACAGCUGCCUUGAUGGCAGAUUGAAUCCUCACAGGAGGGGGGGCCUUCCUAGGGUUACCCCCUCCCUUCCUCACUAAUGUCAGUGUCAAGAGUGCUAGGAGCAAAAGCAGCAGGGCUUAAAAAGCUAUAUUAAAAACAGAACUGGAACGAAAUUAAAAGGGGAGAACGUUUUUGGUUUAUUUAAGGGCUCACCCACCAUGAACAUGUUGAGAUUGCAAGCUCCUUCCACUGUCCCUGAAAGUGUUUGGCGGGUUAUUUCAGGGGUUGAAUUGUAACCUGCAAAUUGACCGCCUCCACUUGACCAGCCUGAAAGUGAGCUUGCAAAUGGUGGGUGGGGCAGAACCCCCAACACUGCCAAGCCUCAGGUGAAGUCCCAGCUCAAACAAGAAGCCCUCUAUAGCAGGGGUAGCCAACAAGGUGCGCUUCUUAUAUUGAUCGGCCCUUAUCGGCCCUUAGCCAGCAAGGUCAGUGGUGAGGGGUGAGGGAAGUUGGAGUCUAGCAACAUCUGGGUGGCACUAAAUUAGUCACUGCUGCUUUAGAGAUAUCUUUCUGUCUUGUGGAACAGCCCAGGAGUAAAUUCUGAAUCACAGCCCAGACGAUCAACACAGGGCAGUUGCUCACAGAGCCCAGAGUCCCCAAUUCUAAUCCAGGUUGUUCUGGAUGAAUGGUGGCUCCAUUAUUAUAUGUCUGGGCCCAUAAACUUGUGUUCAAACCAUUCAUUAACCCCCCGGCAUCCUCUCCAUGCAGCAGGUGCCAGAACCCUGGGAGACAGCACCUGCUGUCGCCAGGGGUUAAAAACCCAGCUGGCUUGUGCAAGCCAACCCUGGCGUUUUCCGGAGAGAAAUCGGGAGCCAUGGCAAGGCAGUGGGGCAACAGGGAGCAAGUGACUUGGAGAAGCCAGUGCUAGGAUCACUUUGCAGCUUGCAUUUCCUUGCCUCCCUGUCUGCUUGUGGAUAGGAGCAGAAGAGGCAGGAAAAGGAGAAUUGCAGCAGCUGGGCCGCUGGAGGCUCUUUCUGCACACUUCCGGGCUCCCGUGGAACCAGAAAUGCUGGAAGCGACAUGCACAUGCCAGUUCCAGUGCCACAUGUGUGCUCAGGGCAUGCACACGCAUGUGCAGAUCCAUAGCAUUCUCUGUGAGCCAGGCUAUACCUUACCUCGUGGCUGCAGAACACUUCUGAGGCCAAGAGCUGCAAUUCCUUCAGAGCAACCUCAUAGGGGCUGUGUGCCAGUGGUGUGGCAGGGCCAUAAGCAAAAAUGGGCAGAGGGAUGAAUGUGAAUGUUGCCUUCAGAGUCUUCUAGUUUCUACACACUCGCCCAGCCUGCCCUGCAAUGCCAUCAAAGCAAGGUUAGAGGCACUGCCAGAGCUCAAGGUCACAUUCUAGCCCGGCAAAAAGCAAAGCCAGCGAGGGGACAGCCCGGGGAGAAUGGGUGUGACUGGGAGGGGGCUUGACUUAGGGAGGUUCCCAAGGGCCUGAUAGAGGGCCAUAUUUGUGAAGUUUACCCGUAGGUAAAGGGACCCCUUACCGUUAGGUCCAGUCGCGGACGACUCUGGGGUUGCGGCGCUCAUCUUGCUUACUGGCCGAGGGAGUUGGCGUACAGCUUCCAGGUCAUGUGGCUAGCAUGACUGAGCCGCUUCUGGCGAUCCAGAGCAGCGCACGGAAACGCCGUUUACCUUCCCACCGGAAUGGUACCUAUUUAUCUACUUGUACUUUGACGUGCUUUCGAACUGCUAGGUUGGCAGGAGCAGGGACCGAGCAACAGGAGCUCAUCCCGUCGUGGGGAUUCGAACCACUGACCUUCUGAUCAGCAAGCCCAAGAGGCUCAGUGGUUUAGACCACAGCGCCACCCGCAUCCCUUGAAGUUUACCCCUACCUUUGAGCUAAAACAUCAUCCUAGAAUCAUAGGGUUGGAUUCUGCAAUGCAGCAGUCUUUGGCCCAAUCCAUGGCCCUGAGAUUAAGAGUCUCAUGCUCUUCCGACUAAGCUAUAGCAGCUCAGCUUUUAAUGCUGUCAAAAUACACCUCUCUCCCCCGUCCUCCCUCCCCCACUUCCAUUUUGGCUGCAGGUGCCUCGUGAAAUGGCUGGAAGUUCGCUGCGUCUGCCCCAUGUGCAACAAGCCCAUCGCAGGCCCUGCGGAGCCUCACCAGAGCAUUAGCAUCCUCUUGGACGAGCUGGUGUGACGUCCAGGCUCCCGCUUCCCCCAGAGCAGACCUUCUACUGACAUAGAUGAUUGCCUGGGCGAGGGGUCUGCACUAAAACUUGUGCCGCCAGCUGCAGAGACUUCCCACUGGGGACUGUCUCCUCCUCAAAGGAGGCAACGGGGAAUUGUACCUAGUGCAACAAGCUGGCCUUGUUGUGUGUCCCCGGUCUGGGGGCAAAUUUUGGGGGAAGGUUGGUCAAACCUGUGCCAGGAUCUGCGUUUGUCUCGGUCCUCCGGCACACAAAAGGGCUUAGGAGCAGAGGACAUCCUACAAGGACAACACAAGUCUCUCGCACUUGGUUCCUACAACAGGACGUUACGAUGCCAAGUCUUCCCUUCGUCUAGGAAAUACUGGUCAGAACCAAUUGCUGGGCGAUGACCCCAACCCCACCCCCCUCGGCUCUUUUAGCAGGCCUAAUGAACUCUUUCUAGGAAGCCAGUUCCCCAACCCCACUUGGGCCCCUCCUCAGAAGGGUCCAUUUUACGAUUAAAAUCGGGAGCUUUAGCUUGGGCGCCGCCUGAUCUAGACCAAUCGCAGGGUUCUUCUCCGCAAAACCUAGAGUCCAUGUUUACAGUAAGACUUAAAUGGAAACCUCCUGGCUGCUGCAAAAGACACUCCCCACCAAAACCCGUGUCCACACCAUCAAUUUUGAAGCACUCCUGCACUGCUACAAAAGACAGGGCUUUCCUAAAGGAAUCCUGGGAACUGUAGUUUGAGGAUAUGGAGAGUUGUAGAGGAUACAGCUAUAGUUUCCAGAAGCCUUAACAAACUCGAGUUCGCAAGAUUCUUUGAGGGGAGCCGUGACUGUUCAAAGUGGUGCAAGAGUGCUUUAAAUGUAUGGUGUCGAUGCGACCUUUGUCGUUUCAGAGCACAAAGGUGUUUUUGCCUUUUCCACGUAGCUGCAUUAGAAGUGGGGAGGGGGAGGCUGUGGGGUGGGGGAGAGGGGGCCACACUUUGCCUCUCGUCAUUCCUUAUGCACAGGUCAUGGGGAAGGAGAAGAUAACAAAUGACAAGUGCGAUUCCUCUCUUUGAUUUGAAAGAAGGCUGGGAUGUAUUUUCUUAAGUGGCCUUUGAACUUUUUCUUCCUGUUUUACCCUUGUACAGAAAAAUAAAUCUACUUUCUCUG